CCAUCGUUGUUGACAUAAACUGCGCCUCUAUAGUUGUUGCAGCGAUAACCACAGUAACGCACCAACGCCAUGGUGAUUUCGCGGAUUGCGGGCUUCCAAUGGCUGAGGAGCCAUAAUUCAUAGCAAAGCCAGUUGCAACGCUGAGAAAGACAGCAGGAGCAGGAGCAGAUAAGCGAACAAUGAUCAGUCAGGUGAAGACUUCAGCGAGAGGUUCAUUGGCGUUUCCGUGGAGGAGAUGCUUAAGCACGCAGUUCAUGCCUGUUCGUCCCAAUGCGACGGGCACGAGGCCCCUACGGACCGUCGUACAGGCAACGUCCAUUGUCCUUGGUACUGUGGGGGCGUACGUUGGCUUCCAGCUAUACCAGGGCAAGAAGGUGUUCUUGCCCAUGUGGAUCUCCAAGUCCAGGUGGGCGUCGACGGAGCGAGACGUUGAUUUGAAGUACGUGAAGUCUGUGGCCAAGGAACAGGUGCUGGAGAGGCUCUCACUAGACCCGUUGAUCCAGAAGGGGUUCAGAUUACCUCUCAAGACGCAGUUCCACGACGAGGGCUUUGAGAUCUGGACAGAGGAGAAGCAGUCCACCGUCAAGGGCAUCCAGCUGAAGCCCCACCCUCUGAGGGUGUCGUUUGAACACCGUCCGUUCACCGUGCAACGUGAUUUCGAAGUGCUGAUGGAGAACCUUGGUGGCGAGGAUUCGUUCGAGAUACCAGUCGUGAACAGCAAUAAGUCGAAGGAUGUUGAUAUCUGGUUCUUGGGGACCGUGUCCAUAGAAGGACAGAACGGCCAGGUGGCUGACGUUGUGUUCAAAGGGAUAUUCGACUCUGAGCAUUUCAGACAGGCACGUAUACUGAAGGCCCAUCUAAUACGUGACGUUGAUGGUCACAAGACAAGGGAGACACUGUGGGGAUGAAUGCUAUUGUGUAUAUAAGGAAAAUAAAAGCAUUGUGAUACCUGUAUAAAGA